AUGGAGGCCCAGGCCCUUCUCGCAGAGCGCAACACCGAGUUUGAGGCGGCACAGGCGGAGCACACAUUGCUCAAGGCCAAGCAUGCCCAGCGCGACAUGGACUUUGACCUGCUGCUGGCAGAGCAGCGCGACACGGCUGGGCUACUGGCAACCGCAAGGGCCGAGCUACAGGCUGUGCGGCUGCAGGCCCAGAGUGAUCAAGAGGGGCUGGCUGGUAUGGCGGACCAGGUGGCGGCGCUCCGGGAACAGCUUGCUCAGCGUGGAGAGGCGGCGGAGGCUGCCGAAGCCACCAUAAACACCCUUCAGCAGCAGCUUGCUGAGGAGAGAGCGCGUGCAGAGGCAGAGGCCGCCGCCACCGCCACCAUGCAAGCCGCCCUUGCUGCAGCUGAGGCGCGCUCCCUUGAGCUCCAAACCCUUGUCAGCACAACGGAGGAGCAGCUUGAACAGGCACGCGCGGACGCCACCGCAGCUGGUGCAACGGCAGCUGUGGCUGAGCAACAGACUGGACCGGCAGACCAGGCUGAAGCAAGCCCACAGGUCGGUGCGCUGGACGAGCAGCAGCGGAUGUCAUCAUCAACAGCCACAACCAUGGAGAACCACCUCGAGUUUGCAUCUUCACCUGAGCAGCUUCAGAUUGCAGUCCAUGAGGUUGGCGCAACCGCUGUGCCUGCAGGCGAGGUGCAGCUGCUGGGAACAAGCACUGGGAAUGCUGAGGCUGCGCGGGUGGUGUUGCUCGAGCAGCUUGAGAGCGCCCAGAACGAGGUGGCGGCCGCAGUGGCGCGUGCAGACGAGGCGCAGCAGCAAGCGGCGGCCACGGCGGUGCGUGAGGAGGAGGCCGAGGCUGCGCGUGUUGCGCUGCUUGAGCAGCUUGAGAGCGCCCAGAACGAGGUGGCGGCCGCAGUGGCGCGUGCAGACGAGGCGCAGCAGCAAGCGGCGGCCGCGGCGGUGCGUGAGGAGGAGGCCGAGGCUGCACGUGUGGCGCUGCUUGAGCAGCUUGAGAGCGCCCAAAAAGAGGUGGCGGCCGCAGUGGCGCGUGCAGACGAGGCGCAGCAGCAAGCGGCGGCCGCGGCGGUGCGUGAGGAGGAGGCCGAGGCUGCACGUGUUGCGCUGCUUGAGCAGCUUGAGAGCGCCCAGGAGGCGGUGGCGGCUGCAGCGGCGCGUGCAGACGAGGCGCAGCAGCAAGCGGCGGCCGCGGCGGCGCGUGAGGAGGAGGCCGAGGCUGCGCGUGUUGCGCUGCUUGAGCAGCUUGAGAGCGCCCAGGAGGCGGUGGCGGCUGCAGCGGCGCGUGCAGACGUGGCGCAGCAGCAAGCGGCGGCCGCGGCGGUGCGUGAGGAGGAGGCCGAGGCUGCACGUGUGGCGCUGCUUGAGCAGCUUGAGAGCGCCCAAAAAGAGGUGGCGGCCACAGUGGCGCGUGCAGACGAGGCGCAGCAGCAAGCGGCGGCCGCGGCGGUGCGUGAGGAGGACGCCGAGGCUGCGCGUGUUGCGCUGCUUGAGCAGCUUGAGAGCGCCCAGGAGGCGGUGGCGGCUGCAGCGGCACGUGCAGACGAGGCGCAGCAGCAAGCGGCGGCCGCGGCGGCGCGUGAGGAGGAGGUUGAGGCUGCGCGUGUGGCGCUGCUUGAGCAGCUUGAGAGCGCCCAGGAGGAGGCGGCGGCCGCAGUGGCAACGGUCGAGGGUGCGCGGCGCGAGAUGGCGCAGCAGCUGCAGCUGGCUCAGCAGGAGGCGGUCGACCUGGCGGCGCGCGCAGAGCGCGAGGCUGUUGCUCAUGCUGCGGCGCAAGCCGCGCUGGCGGCGGUCGAGGGCCGCGCCCUCGAGCUCGAGGCCCAGCUGAAGGAGGCGCGCGGCGGCGCCGAGGCGGCCCAAGCGGUUGCUCGCGCAGCGGAGGAAUCGGCAGCGGCGGCUCGCAAAGAGCUGGCCGCCGCCGUGCAGGAGGGCCAGGCUGAGAAGAUGCGGCAGGCCCUUUCUGCUGCUGACCGCGAUCGCAAGCAGCACCUAGCGCAAGGGGAGCGGGCGGCCUUGGACGAGGCGCAUGCGCGUCUCGUCGCAGCUGCCGAGGCCGAGGGCACGCUGCGGGCCGAGCUGGACGCGAGGGCAGCGGCAGCUGCCGAUGUUCUCAAGGAGGUGGAGGCGAAGACGGCGGCCGUCGCGGCUGCGGAGGCGGAGGCGGAGGCGCUGCGCAAGAGCCUGGCGGCUGCGGCCGCUGAGCCGCAGAAGGUGGCGGCCGAGCUGGCGGCGGCCCAGGCCCGCGUCGCCGAGCUGAGCACGAUGCUGGAGGCGGGGCACCAGGAUGUGGCCAAAUGGCAGGACGAGGUGUCGCGCACCAACCUGGACCGCGACGACCUGCUGGCGCAGGUGCAGAAGAUGCAGGGUUGGCUGGACGAGGCCAAGCGCGUCGGGCGCCGGGAGGCGCGCGAGCGGGAGAAUGCCACAGUGGAGCUGGAGAUGGCCAGGGCUGAGCUGGCGUCGGCGCAGCAGCGCGUGGAGGAGCUGCAGCUGCAGCUGGCACAGCGGGUGGAGGCUGCCGCGCCCAGCGACAUCGGCGCGAGCGACGAUCGCUCUGCCUGCACCGCGCCAGCUUCUCUCCUUGCUGGCGCUGUGCGCGCAAACCAGGCAGUCGCAGGCGCACUUUCAGGCACGCGCGGGACUGCCUCAGACAGCCUGGAUCCAGAGGCACCGCUGGCACCGUCGGCACGUGCCGAGAGCGAAACCGAGGUGCAGGGUCCUGGGAGCGGGCAGCCAACCUGCCCGGGGGGCAGCAUUGACCAUGCCCAGGGAGCGGCAGGGGCAGCGUCAUCAUCAGCGCUCGGCUCAACCUGCUCAGGGCCAGAGGACAGCGUAGCGCCUGCCACCGUGGUGCCGGAGCAGGUGGCGCUGCCGGCGGACGCAUCAAGUGCUCGCAAAGGCGCGCCGCCGGCUCCCGGGCCCGCCAUCGAGGCGCUGUCGCAGCUGGCGUCGCUGGCCGAGCGCUUUGAGUCACAGGAGAGCAUGGCGGCCGUGCUGACCCAGCUGGGGCAGUCCCUGCUGCCUGGGCAGGUCCAGGUGCAGCACCUGGUGGGGCAAGGGCUGGCAGUGGAACGAUCCAGCGCUGCUGCCGCUGGCGGGCAACAGCUCUCCGCCACAGGCAGCGAGAGUGAGGUGUCGGCAGGGCCCGGCAGCGUGGCGGCCCAGCUGGAGGGUGGUCAGCCCCAGGUUGAGCAGCCGGAGCAGCGGCAGCAGGAGGACCAGGAGCAAGAUGCCCAGGAGAGUGUCGGCUCUCCAGGCUCACCAGCUGCAAGUGCGUCCCUGUCUCGCGGGUCCCAGCCCGGCAGCGACGCCGCCGCUGACCUGCGGCUGUCGUUUGAGCGGCUUGCAGCGCUGGGGGAGGAGGGCGAUGGCAGCGGCUCAAGCCUGGGCUCCGCAGCCGAGUUUGAGGAUGGAGACGACGCGGCGGGCGAAGUGGUGUGGGAAGGGGAGGGGGAGUCACAGGCAGUGUUCAGCCUGGCAAGCGCCGGCGGUGCGGCGGCAGCCGAGGGCGCCGGCGGCCUCAACAGCUCAGGAACGCGGCCCUCGGUCGUGCCGCGCCUUGACCUGGGGGCGCUGCCGCUGCUGGUGGCUGCGCGGGACAGGGCCGAGGCUGAGGAGGUCGCCGCAACGCUCGACGGCGGCGCCGGCGCCAGCUUUGACAGCGGCAGCCCCGGGAGAGUCCACAUGCUGCCUGCUGUUGUGGGGCAGGAUGGCAGCUGCGGCUUGCCAUCAGGUGGUGGCAGCUGUGCCGCAUCUGGCACGGCCACUCACGCCCCAAGGGCGUCUGUGGCUGAGGCAUUCUGGCUGCCGGGGCGUGUUGACUCUGGUGGGGGCGACGCCGACGCCGUUGACGCCGCGGGGAUGCUGUCUCCAGGACGCCCUGCCAGCUGCGGGGCUGCGAACGAGUCUGAAGUGGUGGACUUGGCCUCCCCCAUCGCUGCUUGGCUGAGGCCCUGCAUGGCGGGGGCCGCCACGGACAGCGGCUGCGGCGGGGAUGAGGAGGACGAGCCGCAGGGCUUUUUCACGGCCGAGCGGGGGCUUGCGCUGACCGUGCAGCCCGACACGCAGCAAACGGGUCACGACCAGGGCCAGGUGGGCCAGGGGCAACAGGAGCUGUUCUUCACAUGUGCGCCCGCCACAGGUGGGGGCAAGGCCAGCCGCACCGCCGCGGGCGAAGGGGCUGAUGCGGGCGGCGGGGAGGCCGGGCAGGAUCACGUCUGCGUGGGCGUGGCCGCAGCGGAGGGCGGGGCGAUGACCCCAGCAGAAGUUCACUCGGUGCGCAAGACAUUGCUGUUUGAUGAGUGA